AAUCUGAAAAUAAAUAUAAUCUCGCAUCCUGUGUAGUGCUGAAUGGCUCAAGUUGAAGCCAAGCUUUAUCAGUUUGUGCACCUCUUUGUACUCACCUCUAUUCUUCACAACAAUUCAAAUAUUCCUCUUCUUUUCAUUUGUUAUGGCUAUGGCUAUGGCUGUGGGCGUCGGUUCAAACCCUCUCCAUUCCCAUCCUUUCCUUACCAACCCGAACUUCUCACCGGAAAGGAGGACCCUUUUGGCGCGAAAUUCCAACGAUCGACAGUCCUCCAACGGUUAUCCCUCUGCCGCUAAAGUUAACAAAUCCAUUCCAGGCAAGCCGGAAGCCGAUGUUGUUGUCAUUGGAAGUGGCAUUGGUGGACUCUGUUGUGCUGGGCUUUUGGCAAGAUAUGAGCAGGAUGUUCUUGUAUUAGAAAGUCAUGAUCUACCGGGUGGUGCUGCUCACUCAUUUGACAUUAAAGGUUACAAGUUUGACUCUGGUCCAUCUCUCUUCUCUGGAUUUCAGUCAAGAGGGACUCAGGCAAAUCCUCUUGCUCAGGUUCUUGAUGCAUUAGGCGAGUCAGUUCAAUGUGCAAAGUAUGACUCAUGGAUGGUUUAUGUUCCUGAAGGUGAAUUCUUGUCGCGCAUUGGACCCACAGAGUUUUUAAAGGACCUUGAAAAGCAUGUGAGUUUGGAUGCUGUGCGAGAAUGGCGAAAACUUCUGGAUGCCGUACUUCCAAUGUCUGCAGCUGCUACAGCUUUACCGCCUCUGUCUAUUCGAGGAGAUUUGGGUGUUCUUUCCACUUCUGCUGCUAGAUAUGCCCCUUCUCUGUUGAAAUCGUUUGUCCAGAUGGGACCUCAAGGAGUUCUUGGAGCAACAAAGCUUCUCAGACCCUUCUCAGAAAUCAUUGACUCACUGGAACUGAAAGACUCUUUCAUACGGAACUGGGUGGAUCUUCUGUGUUUCCUGCUCGCAGGGGUGAAAUCUAAUGGUAUUCUCUCAGCAGAGAUGGUGUAUAUGUUUGCAGAAUGGUAUAAGCCAGGUUGCAGUCUUGAGUAUCCGCUUCAUGGUAGUGGGGCAGUUGUUGAUGCUCUUGUCCGGGGAAUGCUAAAGUUCGGUGGAAGAAUCUCAUUGGGAAGUCAUGUUGAAAAUAUUGUUGUUGAAAAUGACCGAGCAACUGGAGUCAAACUAAGAAGUGGACAAUUUGUGCGUGCUAAAAAAGCUGUUGUUAGCAAUGCAUCAAUGUGGGACACUUUGAAGCUGUUACCUAAGGAAACUAUUCCCAGGUCAUACCAGGACAGAAUUAAAAGUACCCCACAAUGUGACUCGUUCAUGCAUCUUCAUUUGGGUUUUGAUGCAGAGGGCAUCCAAAAGGAUUUAGGAAUUCAUCAUAUAGUUGUAAAUGAUUGGAAUAGAGGAAUUGAUGGUGAUCAGAACGUUGUUUUGAUCUCUGUACCUAGUGCUCUUAGCUCAGAUGUAGCACCUCCUGGGAAACAUGUGUUGCAUGCCUAUCUGCCGGGAACUGAACCUUUUGGACUGUGGGAAGGACUUGAUCGCAGAAGCUCUGAAUAUAAAACCCUCAAGGCUGAACGAUCAGAGGUGAUGUGGAGAGCUGUCGAGCGCGCACUUGGUCCAGGCUUCAGUCGCAAGAAUUGUGAAGUGAGGCUGGUAGGAACACCUUUGACACAUCAAAGGUUUCUCCGGAGGGACAGAGGGACUUAUGGGCCAGCCAUAGAAGCCGGCAAAGAUACUUUCCCUGGACAUUCAACUCCCAUCCCACAACUCUAUUGCUGUGGAGAUUCUACUUUUCCGGGCAUUGGAGUCCCUGCAGUUGCUGCUAGCGGGGCCAUUGUUGCUAACUCCCUGGUUUCUGUGUUUCAGCACUCACAACUUCUCGAUGCCAUUGGAAUUUGACUAGUACAUCGCAAACUUAUGUUAAUUCCCUACCACCCUCCGGCCCUCUCCUAGUGAAAAAAGAAUUUCUCUUUCUUUUUACAUUGUGCCUUUUUUAUUGCUUGGUUAAUUCAGUUGUUUUCUAGCA